AUGUCUCGACUUGAAGGAAAAGUCAUUGCCAUCACGGGUGCCGGAUCGGGGAUCGGGGCAGCGACCGCUCGUGAGGCGGCGGCGCGAGGAGCAUCGCUCUCACUCUGCGACAUCAACCAAGAUGCACUGGCCGUGGUGGUAGACGAAAUCAGAGGCAGAGGCAACGACGUUGUGGGAACGCGCGUCGAUGUGUCCAACUCGGACAGCGUGGAUGCCUGGAUUGCCGACACGGUUGCACACUUUGGAAGGCUGGACGGCGCGGCCAAUGUGGCCGGGGUCGAAGCAGGGCCUGGAGGCAAAGUGUAUGCCAACAUCGUGGACAUUUCAAACGAACAUUGGGGAUGUAUGAUGGGCAUCAAUUUGACCGGCCUGUUCUAUUGUCUCCGGGCGCAACUGCGAGUCAUGCAACGAGGCUCGUCAGUCGUCAAUGUCUCCAGCAUGGCCGGACUCGUGGGUCGGCCGGGUGUCGCGGCGUACACGGCGAGCAAGCACGGCGUCAUUGGACUGACGAGGACGGCGGCCAAGGAGGUGGGCGAGAGAGGCAUCCGGGUGAAUGCGCUUGCACCGGGCCCUGUCGACACUCCCAUGUUGGAUCGCAUUCGCUCAAACGCUGGCGGCGUCCAACGACCGCUAGCCGAGACAGUCAAGACCCUCCCGUUGCAGAGACUGGGGUCGUCGGAAGAUAUGGCGAGAACCAUCUGCUUCGCCCUCAGCGACGACGCUAUUUUCACCACGGGCGCCAUUUUCUCCGUGGACGGCGGAGCGACAUGCUGA